AUGGUCUAUUACUUUACAUCUAACGUGGUCUCCCCCUCCGCGUUCAUCUAUGUCGGCAAGGACAAGUUUGAAAAUGAGGACUUGAUCAAAUUCGGCUUGGACCAUGACGUCUGUGUGCUAAUGCGCCCUCGCGACAACUCCAGGUUCCACGUUGAUAACCUGUCGAGUGCGCACGUCUAUUUGCGCAUGCGUGAGGGCGAGACAUGGGAUAACAUCCCCGAGCCUCUGCUUGAAGAUUGCGCGCAAUUGACCAAAGCGAAUUCGAUCGAGGGAAAUAAAAAGGACAACGUGACCAUCAUCUACACGCCCUGGUCCAACCUUCAAAAAGACGGAUCCAUGGCCACCGGCCAAGUCUCAUUCCACAACCCCAAGCUCGUGAAAAAGGUGCUUGUGCGGGUGCGCGAGAAUCCCAUCGUCAAUCGUCUGAACAAGACCCGCGUCGAGAAAUUCCCCGACCUCCGUGCCGAAAAGGAAGAGUACUCGAAGAAGAAGAGUCGCGAUGAACGCAAGACCCGCGAGCAGCAGCAGAUCAAAGAGAAGCAGGAGAAGAGAGAGCGCGAACAGCUCAAGUGGCAGAAGGAUCAUGCCUAUGAUGAUAUGUUUUCUGCGGAUAAUAUUGAGGCGAGCAGCAAUCAGGAUCGGGAUCCCGACUUUUUGGACGAUUUCAUGUGA